GCUCCGGCACCCUGUUCAAAAAUGCCGAGAGAAUGCUGCGAGUGUUUAACUUGCACCACCUGGACCAGGACCGCCUAGUGAAUCUAGUCAACACCAGCUUUGGCAAGAAGCUCCGGGACGACUACCUAGACUCGCUGCGCCCGCGACUGCACUCCGUCUAUGUCUCUGAGGGGUACAAUGCUGCCGCCAUUCUGACAGUAGAACCAGUUCUGGGGGGCACCCCGUACCUGGACAAAUUCGUGGUGGGCUCCAGCCGCCAGGGCCAAGGCUCUGGUCAGAUGCUAUGGGAGUGCCUGCGGCAGGACCUGCAAACUCUGUUCUGGCGCUCCAGAGUCACUAACCCCAUCAAUCCCUG